UUCUCCCCUUUUUCACCUUCAACGGCUAUCGCAGCCGUGAGCCCUUAUGGGCGCUAGAUGGCGCUGGCGGUUCCUCGCUCGGUCUCUGGGGCCGGGCGCGGCCAUUGUUGGCGCCUCCUGGCCGCCUUCCCUUGCCUUGUUCCGGCGGGUUCGGGUUUGGCGCCACGCUGGGCAUGGAAGGGGAAAGCACCACGGCCCUGCUGCCGGGCUUCGUCUUCGGCGCCCUGGCUUUCCACCACUUCAGCACCGAUUCGGACACAGAAGGCUUCCUCCUUGGAGAUGUGAAAGGUGAAGCCAAGAACAGCAUUACUGACUCUCAGAUGGAUGAUGUUGAAGUUGUUUAUACAAUUGAUAUACAGAAGCACAUUCCAUGCUACCAACCCUUCAGCUUUUACAACUCAGCUGGAGAACUGAAUGAAUGUGUACUGAAGAAAAUACUGUUAGGAUGCAAAAAGGCUGUGGUGGGCUGGUACAAACUCAGGCGCAAUACUGACCAGGUGAUGACAUUCAGAGAGCGACUCCUUCAUCAGCAUUUACAGUCACACUUAUCAAACCAGGGCCUUGUUUUUCUAUUACUAACUUCCACAGUAACCUCAUCAAGUUCUUCCACCUACAAACUUGAAUAUGCCUUGCAUAAACCACAAGAGGGUCUUUUCCAGAAAGUUCCUCUUGUUGUUGCCAAUCUGGGAAUGGCAGAACAGCAAGGCUACCGAACGGUAUCUGGUUCAUGUAUUUCUUCUGGCUUUUGUAGAGGGAUUGCAAAACACAGGUCUGAAUUUUUUAAUGAAGAUGGGUCUCUAAAAGAAGUUUGCAAGAUUAAUGAAAUGUAUGCUACUUUGCAGGCAGAACUGAAGGAUUUAUGCAGUGAAGUAGUGGAUAGUGAAAGAUCAGUAGAGAAUCUGCUGGCAGAAGUGAACAAACUGAAACAAGAAAUAAGAAGGAAAAAAGAACUUACAGAAGCAGCAGGUAAGACUAGAAAUCUUCCAGCUGAGACAAAAGAGAACAUUUUCCUUUGUCAAGCGUUGCAAACCCUUUUUCCAAAAUCUGGACUGCAGACAAGCAUUGUUACCUUAAAAGGAAGACAGAUUUCAAAAUACUGCUGCAAUACUGACCACAAAAUCAAUGUAAUGGACCAGUUAACCUUAAUGCUGAAAGAAAGUAAUUUCCCUGAAACUGAAACAAGGCAAGCAGUUAAGCGAAAAUCUACUGGGAGUGCCACUGGACCAAAGCCCUUCAAAAGGCUUCGAUCUCUGCAACUGCAUCAAAAUCUAUUUCCAAGAGAUCAAGAGGACAGUGACCAGGAAAGAUGCGCUACAAGUAAUACUAAGACAGAGGACAACAUAAUAAAAGAUGUUGAAGAGCAUACUGUGUCCCCCAAUCCUCUAAUUUCUUGAAGGUGGAUAAUGCGGAAAGUGAGUGAGCUACCCGCCCCCCCCCCCAAAAAAAGUGUUGCAUAGAUAUUCUCUGUUCAUUUAUGGUGGGGGGACAUUAUUAAGCUACAGGUAAAGACUUAAACCAGCAUUAUCCCUGUACUGGGGGAGGGGAGCGGGGAAAUGAGCCCAGACUGCUCUUCCAUAACUGAAUUUGUAGACACCUUCUCAGGGAGUAUCAUAGAACAAGAAUGCAAUGAACAGAACGCCUUGCCUUUCAACACACUGUGCUUACUGUUUUGUUGUAUUGGAGAGAAACACUGUUAAGCAUUUUGAAAGCCAGCUGAUGAGGCCUUGAUACAUAGAUGUCACAUGCACCGCCAGAAAAUUCUAAUAAUCAGGCUGCCCAAACCAUCAACUGUUAAUAAUAUGCAAUACAAAUGAAACAAGAUUUCCAGUUACAAAUGGAAUCCUAUGCACAGUUAUUCAGGAAUCAAUUCCACGAAGACUUGUGGGACUAACUUACACGCAAAAAUGUUUGAUUUAGCCAUGACAGUAUUUUUGUUCCUCAGACAAAAUAUGUCUGAUGUGUAUUUCAAGAAGGUUCAUAUGAUUGAAAAAUAAUGAUAAUUUACUAUUUGUAGCACAAAAUAUUCUCUUAUGUAUGUCACAACGCUACUUGUGUGUUUUAAGUGACCAUUUUGCUUUGUGCCAGCUAUACAAACAGCAGGAAAUAACCACAAGAUCAUCUUUAAAAUGUCUGUAUAUUUAUUUUUUUAUUAGUAUUAAGCACACACCAAUUACAACUUCGUCAAGUACAAAACAUAAUUCAUUCUGGAUAUCUAAUAUCACAUACUUUAGGAUCACUGAGGAAUGUUGGGUCCUUAUAUGUAACUGGCAUAAAUCCUGCAAAAACAUAAUUCAGAAGUUGUAGAAAUAAAUAUUUUUAUAAACAA